CGCAUGCGCGCCAGCGCCGGGCGGCGGUGCACGAGCGUCGCGCGCGGCGCGGCGACGGGCAGUUGUCUGCGCGAGCCGGCGGUGAGCGAUGCGCGCGGCCGACGGCGCGACGGUCUAUGCCUGAGUGGAGCCCCCGCUAACAGUGCACCAUGCCGAAGACAUUCCGUUUGCGAGAGCAGCUGACUCGCAGCUACGAUACCCUCCUCGGUGACCUCAAGAGCCGCGAUGAGGACGUGCUGCACCGCAAACAUGCGGGAGAGAACGAUGCCGACUUCGACGGCCUCGAGCCGGAGGAGGAGUUCAAGGUGCCGCUGCAGAGGGAGCAGCGGAAGCAGCAGCAGCAGCAGCGCGAGCCGCUGGACCUGGUGAAGCAGAAGCAGACGGCCAAGAAGCUCCCGUUCUUCGCGCCAGGCUCCAUCAGCUCGGCGUUCGACUGGGCUGAGUCCGUGGAGUGGUCGCCGGCCGCCCGCCAGGCGCGUCUCCAAGCCGAGACGCUCGAGGCGGUCAGCAGCCGGCUGCGCGAAGCUCGCGUCAAAGAGUCCACCAGCGAGGAGGACGAGGAACAGGUCGACGUCACCGCCCUCUCCGAAGAGGAGGAGGACCAGGAGGAAGAGGAGCGCCAGGAGGAGCCGGUCACCGAGCCAGCGACCCGCAAACAGGCGGAACAGGAGCCGGAGGAUGACGAGCCCGCCGAGCCGGCCACCGUCGCUGAUGAUGAUGAGCCGGUGGAUCUGUCGGUCGGUGCGAAUCCUCGACGAUGCUUCCCGUCGCUGGCGCCGGCGUCACGGCGUACUUCGGUUAUCGCACACACCACCACCGUGCCAAAGAAGAGGGCCUACUACCGGCGCAACCUCCUGCCCGGUGGCAAGUUCCACCUGGACUCUCCCCCGCCAUCCUCCGAGCGCCCCAAGGACCUGCGGGUGCCGCGCACCGGUCUGGCGCCCGUGCAGAACCCGCUCGGCUCGGGCAACAACCCCCUGUCGCCGACACCCGGCUCCCCAUACCGAGGUGGCGGCGGCGGCGGCCGUGGCGGGGGCGGUCCGGGCGGCCAGGGCGGGGGCGGCGGCCUCGGACCGCCCGGCUUCGGAGGCUUCUUCGGCCCCGGCGCCGGCGGCAACUUCGGCUUCGGUCUAAUGAACUGCAAGACCGAACAACAAGGCGACGGCGGCUGCCGGAGCAGGCACUCACCACGACACUUUCAACCACAUCAUACGCCACAUUUAGAGAACUUCCCCGUAGGCUACAUCGACCAACAAGUGGAGGGCUGCAAGCCGCCGCCGCAGCCGCCUCCACACUGGGCGGCACAGGCGCAGACUGGACCUCGUAUGCCGCCAGCCGGAUACGGCUUCGGCGCUGACCCCUUCGCCACGUUCAGCGAUCCCUACGAGCAGCUGGACGCUGAGCUCUUCGGCAACAGCGCAGCCGGCGAGCACAAGCCGGCCGUGUCGGCUGCUCCGCUCGGAGACGGUAACCAUGACCUGUUCGGACUGGAGCAGCUGCUGCAGCAGGGUGGCGGCAACAACGGCGGCAACGGCGACCUCUCGCAGCAGACGGUGACGGACGCGCUCGGCGAGCCUGCCUCUCUUCCAGCGGCGCUGCCGGCCCUCUCGGAGCCGGUGGUCUCCUCCUGUCUGGCUGACGCCAUGUACGACGGCAAGUUCGUGGUCACCGGUCUGCCCGGCGGCCCGCAGCUGCCGGCCGUGCAGCCGACUCAGACGCCCGAGUCGUCGACGGCCGGUGGCGCGCAGAGCCGCACCUCGCCCGGUCCCAUCCGCGGCGGACGCUGCUCGCCGCGCUCACCGCGCUCGGUCUGCGGGGACAGCGCCGACGGAUCGCCCAGCCUGGACGCCCGCGUCGCCAUGCUACAGCAGAGGCUGGGCCUUCCUGAAACUCAUACCUUCGAGUUUGUCAAUGGCGAGCACGGCAUCAAGAACCCGCACGCCAACGAGCGUGCCUUCGAAGUGGAAAAACUGCCACCCAUCAUCUGUGAGGAGGACCCGAAAACCUACAUGUGCCGGCUCUGCUCCAAGAAAUUCAACCUGCUGCGCCUUCUGAACCGGCACAUGAAGUGCCACUCGGACGUCAAACGUUACCUCUGCACCUUCUGCUGCAAGGGCUUCAACGACACCUUCGACCUGAAGCGACACACGCGCACACACACUGGCGUUCGCCCAUACCGCUGCAUGCUCUGCGAGAAGUCGUUCACCCAGCGGUGCUCCCUCGAGUCUCACUGCCUCAAAGUUCACGGCGUGCAGCAUCAGUACAACUACAAGGAGAGACGCAACAAGGUCUACGUCUGCGAGGAGUGCGGCAGCACCUCGCUCGAGCCCGAGGCGCACUACUACCACCUCAAGGAGCGGCACCCCAACAGCCCGGCGCUGCUCAAGUUCUACGACAAGCGUCACUUCAAGUUCAACGCGAACUUUUCAUCCAUGAUGCUGCAGUCGCGAUCGUAGUGCCGACCGCGACCGCUAGGGGCGCUAGUGCGACGGUCGUCGGGUGACCGUCGCAUCGCCAACGCCAAACGCGCGCGUUAUGGGAUCUGCAUAGUUUACCCGACGUUACACCUGAGUGAGAACGAAAACCACGAGCGCGACCUGACCUGGACGCUCACAAGGACAUAGUUAACGCGAGGCGCUGCGCGCUGGCGCUCGCUAGGUGACUGGGGGUACUUUUCGUCAUAAGAAGUGUCUAUAUGGUGCGUGGCUUCCUGGACAGAAACCAGCAGUGGCCAUGACUCGUGAAACGGGUCGCCUUUGGGACGCGCGCGUGCGCGCACCGCUCGCCUCUGCCGACGCUGACAGCUAAAGGGGCAUUCGCGCGCAAAUAGACUACCUGCUGAGCUGUGCGAAUUGCGAGAAUGUGUGCUCGGAUGCUGUAUUCAGUGCGGCGUAUGCGAGAGAUAGGAGGUAGUUGGUUCGCUCGUCCCCCAAUGUUCAGAGGACUAGCGAGCCGGCUCCGCCAGCCAUGGGUGAGUGGUGUGCAGACACAGUUGACCUAGGAACAACGCUGAGCGUCACGGCUCAGAGGUCGGGCCGACGUAUAUUUUUAUACCAGAUCUUUUCAUCUCGAGCCUCGUGAAUGAGGCCAUUGUUAUAUUUGGUUUUAGCGCGCCACAAUCACUUUGAAGAAACAUUUGUACCUAAGCAAUAAUGUAUGUUUUGAGUAGGUUAUUGGCAUGAACAUGAACAUCGAACCAAUUUGUUUUAUCUUGAACUUCUCUAUAAAGCAAUCAAAUGAAGCUGAUGCCAAGUGCUUUAGAACUAUUGUAAAAACCGCGUUUUCAUCGAACAUUGUUUUGAUUGCUUCAAAGAGAACUCGAUAAAAUAUACGACAAAGCAAA